AUGUCUCCAGCGAGUAAGAUUUUGGGAGUGGUGUCGUUGAUCCUUCUUGGAUCCACCAUCAGCGCCUUUCCCCACGUAGAUUCCGAUGUUUCAACCCCUGCCCAGGACACCGAACAGGUAGACCUUCACCAAAUUCUCAACGGAGCCGCUGGUAUGGCAGCCGCUGCAGGGAACAUCGACCUCAAACUCAAUCCUACGACUCUUCGCGAUGAAUCUGUCGCCAGAGCAAUUGCUGAAGCGAUUGUCGACCUCCAAUCCAACAUUACGACUCUUGACGAAGCCGCUGCCAGAGUGGUUGCUGAAGCUAUUGCCGACCUGAGACCCGAUCGUACAUCUCUUCUUGACGAAAUGGCGGCCAGGGUGAUCGCUGAAGUGGUCGUCGACCUCAGACCCGACCGCACGACUCAGUUUGAACAAGCCGACUUUGCACGUCUGCACGUAGCUCCUACAGAAGAAGCCCUAAUUGCUCGUGCCGCCAAACCUGAGGAUCUCCAAGCUGCAAAGAUAGACACAAGCCGUUACCCCGAACAGACCAAUGUUCCCGGAACCGAUAAUCCUUCUUCUGGUGAUCUUAGCAACCUCCCUAACUUUGUCAAAUGCAGCUGGAUUGGCCAUCUGUGCCCGAACUUCUACCAGCCAAGCCUGAUAGGUGGCCUGUGCUACUGCGUCCUGGAAUUUAGACCUGGGAAGAACGACUAG